AUGCCCUCGACAGUGCUACGAAUGCCGGUUACCGGUGGAGGGCGAGGUGGUGGCCAGCUGCAGGAACAGCGGAACCGUGGCUUCCGUCUCGGAUGCUGCCGGGUGUGCACGUGCGUAAAUCUCGAGUUCUUCGUCUCCAAGAACGGAAUCCUGAAGUGUUUCGAACUGGUACUGGGCUGGUUCUGUCAAACGAUGUUGGUCCAGUUCGGCAUGGACAGCGCGAAGGAUAUUGGGGAAGCGUUCUGGGGCUUCCUAACGACCUGCUCGGCAUGUUUGCUUACCACCACCAUACUGUUGCUGUGCUACACGAUAUCGUCUCGCACCUUCCAUUUGGUGAGACAGUCUAUCUUUGAAGUGGUCUAUAAUGGAUUGGCGUGCGCAAUGUAUCUCAGUGCGUCCUCUUACCUCGGGGUUGCAGUGAACGUGUUUCUGUACCCAAAGUUCCUGCUGUUCAAAACUACCGGCGGUAUCCACAGUGCCUAUCCAGCGAUGACGGCAGUAUACUACAUGGGAGGUAUCUUGGGACUAGUGUACGGUGUCGACACCUUUGUCGCGUACCGUCAUCUGAAAGGAUUUUCGUGA